AUGUCCUUGGUACAGCAUGUCUCUGCUAUCGACGGUAUUGAUCGUGAACCAGACGCAGAGGAAGCCGAAGACUUCCUCUCCAUCCGUCGGAAAAUAAGCUACGAUGUCCUACAACCCCCAAAUGAGAGUAUCCCGGUCGCAGAACUGCGCCCAGGAACACCAGCCUACGAGCACUCCCCAACAAAAAGAAUAAUUCAAGUCAUCGUAACCGUUCUCGCGUGCUGGAGCGCGUCAGGAAUCGUGUUCGGCUUCGCGGCUCUGAAACCCGUCCUCGUGGAAGAGGGUGUUUAUCACGAGCGAUGCACCCCCGCAGAGAUCGCCGAAAGCGUGGAAUUAUGUUCGCAGCAGGAUCUCAGACUGAACUUGUUUUUCACAAUCGCGUCUAUCACCGCGAAUGUCUCGGCGCUACCAGUCGGGACAAUUCUCGACCGCUGUGGUUCGCGCGUCUGCUGGCUCAUUGGCGCGUUUUUGCUCGCUGUCGGUGGGGUCAUCAUGUCUUUCGCGUUUCACAUCCCGGAAUUUGACGGGUACAUCCCAGGGAAUUUCUUCCUAGCGCUUGCCGGCACGUUUCUGUUCGUUCCAUCGUUCCAGAUUGCGAAUGCCUUCCCCAAAUAUGCGGGGACGAUUGUUGCUCUUGUGACUGGCGCGUUUGAUGCCUCUGCUGCGGUGUUUCUGUUCUAUCGACUUGUGUACGAGGCAUCCGGGAGGUUGUUCACGCCGGAUAAGUUUUUCCUGGGAUACCUCGUUGUUCCGAUGAUGAUUCUCAUUGCGCUGGGGACUGUGAUGCCGGCGCGCGACUAUGUCUCGACGUUGCAGUUGGAGAAUCGGAUUGAGCGCGCCGAAGACCCGACGUAUGAUGUUCACGACUCGGACGAUGAGAUCGAGAGUCGGUCGGAGUUGACGCGAAUUCGGAAGAAGCGUGCUGAAUUGCGGAGGAAGAAUCUCCGUCAGAUUGAUGCUGUCCUUGGUGAUAAGGAUGAGAGGCAGAUGCGUGCGGAGCGGGAGGAGGAUCGUCAGCAGACGAGUUGGGUCUGGGGUGUUUUGCAUGGAUUGCCUGCUCAUAAGCAGAUGGCUACACCUUGGUUCAUCCUCAUCACAAUGAUGACGGUAUUGCAGAUGAUUCGGAUGAACUAUUUCAUUGCGACGAUUCGGUCGCAGUAUGAAUUCAUGCUUGGGUCUAUCACUGAGGCUGAUAAGAUCGGUGCUUUCUUUGACGUUGCGCUACCGGUCGGGGGUGUUCUCUUCACUCCUGCUAUUGGAUACCUGCUUGAUCGUCUUAGUGUGCCGACGAUGCUAGGAUUGAUUGUGCUGUGUACCACCGUGAUUGGUGUGCUAAAUUCCAUCCCAGCUGUUUGGGCUGGAUACAUGACCGUUGUGCUCUUCGUUCUGCUACGACCACUUUACUACUCGGCUAUGUCGGAUUAUACAACCAAGGUCUUUGGAUUCGCCACGUUUGGUCGCGUCUACGGAGCCAUCAUCUGCCUAUCGGGAAUCGCCAACUUCUCGCAGUACGGUCUGGACGCAUUGACGCACCGCACAUUUGAUGGAAAUCCAAUUCCCAUCAAUGCCGCUUUGGCAGUCGCGGGAUUCAUUGUCGGAAUGCUACUCGUGAUCUUUGUUUUUGUGUCGGUCAGGAAACUCCGCGAGCAGGGUCAGGCAGAUGAUGACGAGCGGGAGAGACUUCUUUUGGAAGAGGACGAAUACGAGGAUGAAUCCGAUGAGGAUACUUAUCGUUAA